AUGGCCUCAGCGGUUCCUUAUGAUCCUUACGAUGAUAUAGACAACAAUCCCUUUUCAGAACCGGCACAAACAGCUGAAAUUGGUCCAGAAACACAUCCUGCCGAAAAUCAGGGCCAGAUUGAACAAGCUAAGACCUCAAACCCAGAAAAUGAGAAUAAAGACGAACCACAGCAGCCGAUUUCUGAAUUGCUCCCGGAGCGGCACUCGCAAGCGAAAAAAUUCCAAUUGAUGGUAAAAGUCACCGGCCUGGAAAGAGUAGGGACGUAUACUUAUAAAAAGGAUAACCCAACAGUCCAAUUUGACGUUUCGACAAAUUUGCCCACUUUCCGCAAACAACAGCACCGGAACGUGAAAAAGACCAUGACCGAAUUCCAGAACCUUUUUUCAUUUUUGAAUGGGGCCACUCCUGAAACUUUUGUGCCAGCACUUCCGCUUCCCAGCACAAACUACGGGAUCAGCAACUCCGAAGAUUACAACAAGACAUUGAAAAACUUCCAAGAAUGGUUCGACCGCAUUUCAGCCGAUCCACUUUUACUCCGAAGCGCAGAACUCGCGUUCUUCAUCGAAAGUGAUUUCAAUACAUACACUCCGGUUGGCAAAUUGAAAAAUACUCCAGUUACGGGACUAAAACGCAAAACUCUCAAGCAAUUGACCCCACCGUACGACGAAUGUCUAGAACUGGCGGAGUUCAGGCCCUUGGUCAAGUCGAUACACCACUUGAGUAAAGACAUUCAAGUCAAGCUGUUGAAACUAUGCAAGAUACGCAAAACGCUCUCGCAAGAUGAAAAUGCGGUGGGACAAGGCUUCAAAGAACUGGCUCAGGACUCCUCCCACGCCAAAUCGCACGGAAAAUUCUACCUCAAGUUUGGAAAGACUUUAACGGCUGUAGGUGACAUUGAUAGCGUUAUGGCAACGUUGGAUGCGGCUACUUUGUACGAUGGCUUAGAGUGGAUUGGCGAAGAAACUUAUACCGUGAAGGAGGCCCUGACGAAUCGCCACUUUCUAAUGCGCGAGCUGUUGCAAGCGCAACAAAACUCCAAGUUUAGACAAGAACAAGCUCGCAAAUUGCGCGCCAAGAGGGAUGUAAGUCCGCUAAAAGUUGACGACGCGAUUCGGGCCCUUAAGACGGCAACUACGGCCGAACAUGAGCUGACGCUAAAGCUACGCCGUAUCACGAUGAAUAUGUUGCUGCAGAAACAAGAAUGGUUGGAAUGGUUCAAUACGUUUUUGAUCAAUUGCAUUAAGGAAUACACAAUGCGCAAAAUUGAAUAUGAACGCAAAAAGCUCUCGCUCUUGGAAAGGAUACGAAGUGACGUGAGAGCGGUUGAUGAAUCUGGUGGACUGUCGCGUCUUGGCCGCGGUACUCGUACGGGACGAGACGCGUCUGCGGUGAUCAAGCCGUCGCAAACGUCGCAGGGCGACAGUUGGACAAGCGACCCAAGAUCGCAUGCUUUUGAGCCUUCUGUUUUGAAGACCGAGUUUGAUGCAUCCAUAGACACUGAGCCAGAAGAUGUUAGUGUAGCGGAGGAUCGGUACGCGUUGGACGCUAAAAGCGCAGCACAUCUACUGGGUACGAGCACAUUCUAG